AGUCGGCACGGGAGCGGCCGGCGCGCGCCUGUGCGUUGGGUGCCGUCUCGAGACAGGCGGGCGGGCGCUCGGGAGAGAGCGGCUGUGCGGUCUUUAGGGCGGCGGCCGCCACAGCAGUAGCGCCCUGGGUGGAGAGGGCCGAAGCGGCCUAAGGGGUAGGGGAUGGGGAGGACCGGGCCCCUCAUCUCUCUGAGGCGCACGUACAGCUCCUGGGGCGCACAGUGACAGUGACGGCGCCCCUGGCCCGCUUUGCCAGAGAGCCCGUAGCGGGCCGGGCCAUGAGGAGCGGCCGGGACCGGGCCAGGCCUCGCUGACCCCGGCUUCGCGCGACGGCCUCCUCUCCAUUUCCGCUCCAGCCUCUCGGCAUGAGCGUCCACCUGGGCCCGGGGCCGCGGCUGCCCCAGUCCCGCCGCCCGCGGGCGUGCUCGGGCCCUUGUGGCCCGAGGUGCUGAUCCCGGUUCACCGUGCUGCGCUGCCAGCCUGCCCGCUGUAUGCCCCGGGGGCGCGGCCAUGGAGGUGGUGGGCGACUUCGAAUACAGCAAGAGGGACCUCGUGGGACACGGGGCCUUCGCCGUGGUCUUCCGGGGGCGGCACCGCCAGAAAACUGAUUGGGAGGUAGCAAUUAAAAGUAUUAAUAAAAAGAACUUGUCAAAAUCACAAAUACUGCUUGGAAAGGAAAUUAAAAUCUUAAAGGAACUUCAGCAUGAAAAUAUUGUAGCACUCUAUGAUGUUCAGGAAUUACCCAACUCUGUCUUUCUGGUAAUGGAGUAUUGCAAUGGUGGAGACCUGGCAGAUUAUUUGCAAGCUAAAGGAACUCUCAGCGAAGAUACUAUCAGAGUGUUUCUUCAUCAGAUUGCAGCUGCCAUGCGAAUCCUACAUAGCAAAGGAAUAAUCCACAGAGAUCUCAAGCCACAAAACAUUUUGUUGUCGUAUGCCAAUCGCAGGAAGUCAAGUGUCAGUGGUAUUCGCAUCAAAAUAGCGGAUUUUGGUUUUGCCCGUUACCUACAUAGUAACAUGAUGGCUGCAACAUUGUGUGGAUCCCCAAUGUACAUGGCUCCAGAGGUUAUUAUGUCUCAACAUUAUGAUGCAAAGGCAGAUUUGUGGAGUAUAGGAACAGUGAUAUAUCAAUGUCUAGUUGGAAAACCUCCUUUUCAGGCCAAUAGUCCUCAAGACCUAAGGAUAUUUUAUGAAAAAAACAGAAGUUUAAUGCCUAGUAUACCCAGAGAAACAUCACCUUAUUUGUCUAGUCUACUUUUGGGUUUGCUUCAGAGAAACCAAAAAGAUAGAAUGGAUUUUGAAGCAUUUUUUAACCAUCCUUUCCUUGAGCAAGUUCCAGUAAAAAAAUCCUGCCCAGUCCCAGUGCCCAUGUAUGCUGGCCCUGGCCCUGGAAACUCCUGUAGCAGCUCUCCAUCUUGUCGCUUUGCCUCUCCACCAUCCCUUCCAGAUAUGCAACAUAUUCAGGAAGAAAAUUUAUCCUCCCCACCAUUGGGUCCUCCCAACUAUCUACAAGUAUCCAAAGAUUCUGCCAGUACUAGUAGCAAGAACUCUUCUUGUGACACGGAUGACUUUGUUUUGGUUCCACACAACAUCUCUUCAGACCACUCAUAUGAUAUGCCAAUGGGAACUGCUGGCAGACGUGCUUCAAAUGAGUUCUUGGUGUGUGGAGGGCAGUGUCAGCCUACUGUGUCACCUCACAGUGAAACAGCCCCAAUUCCAGUUCCUACUCAAAUAAGGAAUUAUCAGCGCAUUGAGCAGAAUCUCACAUCUACUUCCAGCUCUGGCACAAAUCCACAUGGUUCUCCAAGAUCUGCAGUAGUACGAAGGUCUAACACCAGCCCCAUGGGUUUCCUCCGGCUGGGGUCCUGCUCCCCAGCACCUGCAGAUACAGUACAGACAGUUGGGCGAAGACUCUCUACUGGGUCUUCCAGACCUUAUUCACCUUCCCCUUUGGUUGGUACCAUUCCAGAACAGUGUAGUCAAUGUUGCUGUGGGCAUCCUCAGGGCCAUGAAUCUAGGAGUAGAAACUCCUCAGGUUCUCCAGUGCCACAGACUCAGUCACCACAGUCCCUCUUAUUGGGUGCUAGACUGCAGAGCACCCCUACUCUCACUGAUAUCUAUCAGAACAAGCAGAAGCUCAGAAAGCAGCACUCUGACCCUGUGUGCCCAUCCCAUGCUGGAGCUGGGUACAGCUCCUCAUCUCAGCCCAGUCGGCCAGGUAGCCUUGGAACCUCUCCUACCAAGCAUAUGGGAUCCUCUCCACGGAGUUCUGAUUGGUUCUUUAAAACUCCUUUACCAACCAUUAUUGGCUCUCCUACUAAGACCACAGCUCCUUUCAAAAUCCCUAAAACACAAGCGUCUUCCAACCUAUUAGCCUUGGUUACUCGUCAUGGGCCUGCUGAAGGGCAAUUCAAAGAUGGGAAUGACCCACGUGAAUGUUCCCAUUGCCUAUUAGUACAAGGAAGUGAGAGGCAUCGAUCUGAGCAGCAGAGCAAGGCAAUGUUUGGCAGGUCUGUCAGUACUGGAAAGUUAUCAGAUCAGCAACUAAAAGCACCUUUAGGUGGACACAUGGGCAACACAGAUAGUUUAAACACAGAACGACCAAUGGAUAUAGCUCCUACAGGAGCCUGUGGUGUUAUGCUGACACUGCCAUCAGGAACAGCAGCAAGUUCCAGGGCUGUCCUCUUCACUGUGGGUUCUCCUCCACACAGUGCCACAGCCCCCACUUGUACCCAUAUGGUCCUGCGAGCAAGAACCACCUCAGUUGGAUCCAGCAGCUCAGGAGGCUCCCUGUGUUCUGCGAGUGGCCGAGUGUGUAUGGGCUCCCCACCUGGGCCAGGCUUGGGCUCUUCUCCACCAGGAGCAGAGGCAGCUCCCAGCCUAAGAUAUGUGCCUUAUGGUGCUUCACCACCCAGCCUGGAGGGGCUCAUCACCUUUGAAGCUCCUGAACUACCAGAGGAAACACUGAUGGAGCGAGAACACACAGACACCUUACGCCAUCUGAACGUGAUGCUGAUGUUCACUGAGUGUGUGCUAGACCUGACAGCCAUGCGAGGAGGGAACCCUGAGCUAUCCACAUCUGCUGUGUCCUUGUACCAGAUUCAGGAAAGUGUGGUUGUAGACCAGAUCAGUCAGCUAAGCAAAGACUGGGGGCGAGUAGAGCAGUUGGUGUUAUACAUGAAAGCAGCACAGCUACUUGCAGCUUCCCUGCAUCUUGCCAAAGCCCAGAUCAAGUCUGGGAAACUGAGCCCAUCCACAGCUGUAAAACAAGUUGUCAAAAGUCUGAAUGAGCGAUACAAAUUCUGUAUCACCAUGUGCAAGAAACUUACAGAAAAGCUAAAUCGCUUCUUCUCUGAUAAACAGAGAUUUAUUGAUGAAAUCAACAGUGUAACUGCAGAGAAACUCAUCUAUAAUUGUGCUGUGGAAAUGGUUCAGUCUGCAGCCCUGGAUGAAAUGUUUCAGCAGACUGAAGAUAUUGUUUAUCGCUACCAUAAAGCAGCUCUUCUUUUGGAAGGCCUAACUAAGAUUCUGCAGGACCCUGCAGAUAUUGAAAAUGUACAUAAAUAUAAAUCGAGUAUUGAAAGAAGACUGUCGGCACUGUGCUGUAGCACUGCAACUGUGUGAGCAGGAGGCUUGUUUAUAGACCACUAUGGGAAUGUGAGGUGACUGGAAUUACAGCUUCCCAUUCCAAGGAAACUGUAGUUUCCUAACUGGUGACUACCAAAGAACAAGCAGUGAUUUAAAAAGGAAAAACAAUCGAAAAACUACAUGUUUGUAGAAAAUCUGCCUUAUCAGAGAAGUCACUCCCCUUUCCCUUUUUCCUUUAUAGAAGCAAGAAUAUUCCACUUGGCUCCCAGUUGAAAUUGGUAAAUAAAUAUACCUUAGAACUAGAAUUAUCAGUACAGUUAUUCUUAUGGAUAAUUAAACAUAAAACAGACUGAAUGGCACUUCACUCAAUUCACAGAGCAAUGUAUGAAAUUCUGUGUGUUUGCUAAGGUGUAUAAACAAGCUAGAGUCAACACCUCAUUCAGGUGGUUUGAUAUUUGGAAUAAGUUUGUAUGAAUCUGAACAUGCAUCUUAAACAGCUCAUGAAGAAGUAGUUUUAAGAAGCAGCAGAAGGUGAUUCUUGGAAGAAAUUUUGAAAUCUUCAAUUUGAUCUAAUAUGGACCUGUUAAUCUUACAAAAUCUUUCAUAUUGCACUAAUUUAUUAAAACAACUGUGUAUUCGAUUUUGCAAUUUAAACUAACAGAGGCACAAUGGACUUGUUUAAAAUAUUUUACUUGAUUAUAUACAUAAACUUUUUCCAGAAUUCACAUGUAAUCUCUAUUGAACUUUUAAAUGGUCAUGACUUGUGUUCAUGUAAACCUUUGUGUUUUUUUAACCUGUUUAUCUACACUUACAGAUCUCCUCAGUAAUAUUUGAGUUGCUUUCUGUUUGCAUUUUUUGUUGUGCAUGCAGAAUGUGCAUUGAUGCCUGUGACCUUAGGUUUAUUAAAGGCUAGAUUUAUUUGGGCAGUAUUAAAAAAAACCUAUCAUGAAUCAAGAGAUACUCUUGAGAAUUUUAAUAGGGCCAAAGUGGUGAUAAAAAGAUGGAUAGUGAUGUGGAACUUCUACAUGAAGUUAGUAAGAAAUGAGGUUUGUUUCCUCUUAGGAAAACAGGCAGCUUUCUCCAGUCUAAUAUGUAUUUUUAAUGUUAAUCCUGACAGCUCACCAAAUAGCUAGUCAUGGAGAAUGCAGGCAGUUAACAUCCCUCCAAGAAUGGUUCCUACUUGUAUAUUAUUUGAUUUCUUUUACUUACCUGCUUGAAUACUUGAAUAAACCAUUCACCAGUUUUAGUCUUAUUUUAAUCCUUUCAUAUAAAAUAAUCUAUAUUCUUGACAGUGGCACAGAAGCUCUUCAGCAUUACUCUGAUUUUAGUGUGCUGACAAACAACAUGGUUUUCUUUACUUGGACAAAGUAAUGUAAUUUUUACCUUAUUUAUCUGUAUGAAAUUUCAGCAGUUAAUUUGAACAUUUAUUUAUAUGAUGUUUGUAUUUUUAGGUCUUUAAUACAGUGUUUCUACCUCUCAUUUGUAACUGCAUGCAUUAUUCUUGAAACUAGGUAAAACUCACUGAAUCGUUGUAUAAUAGCCUUUUUAUUAUUGCCUGUAUAAAUGUAUAUUAAGGUAAAAUAAAACUGACAGUGUUUCUAGGUUAUAGUUGGGUCCAUAUUAAAUGGCUUGUCAUGCCAGAUACUUUUUUAGUGAGUGAGACUGAAGACUUGGUCAAUACCUUUUGCCCUGAUCCAGAAUUUAAGGCUCUCAGUGACUGUCAAACAGGCUCUCACAAACUUAGACUGUUGGGUAAUGAUUUCUCCCCCUCUUUGCAUUAACAAUAUUGUAUUUUGUGUAAUAUUUUAGAGUUUACAGUGUGGUUUCAUUCUUGUUAUCUCAGUUGUUCCUCUAAGCAGGUAGGUUUAUUCUGCCCUCUCCUCUCCCACUCUUUUUUUUUUUUUUUUUAAGCGAGAUGAGUUCAAAGAGAAUAUGACUGAUCUGAAGUCAGGAACUAGGCAAGUGGUAAAGCCACUUUUGUAAUCCCAGAUUCAUUCUUCUUCCUCUUGUGUAACAAAGGUGUUGUGGUAGGUGGUUCGUGUGCAACAAUGAAGUCUCAGCAGCAGAGAACAAACUGUAAAUUCAUGGGUUCUGAUUAUACUUCCAUUAUCAAGGCUAAUGGUUUUAAGAGAUUUUUGCCUUGAUUACAGCAAUAAUAAACAAGUGCUUUAUGUUUCUGUGAGUA